AUGACCCAGUUUGUGGCUCCAGACUCCCGCGCCUGCUGGGCUGUGGCUGUCUCGGCAGCCAUCUACGUCUUCUUCGCUAUGGUGCUCGUCAAGUCCGAGUCUGUGCUCUACUUGGGCUUCAUGGACAUGCUCCAGCUGGGCAGGGAGGCUGCCUCGUGGCCCCUUACUCUGGCGCUCAUCCUCUCGCAGCUCGGAGGUCCCUUGUACGGCGUGUUGAGCCUCUGGGUCUCAGAACGGCUGCUCAUGAUCGGUGCUGCCCUGGCGUGCUCGCUGGCCACCAUGGCGUGCUCCUUCGUCUACAGCCUGGGAUGGGUUGUCCUGCUCUACGGAAUCAUCUUGGGGCUGGGCCUGGCGUGCGCCGAGGUGCUUCCGUUCACCAUCGUGGCCCGGCACUUCGUCAAGUACCGCGGCACAGCCGUGGGCCUGCUGUUCGUUGUCACGGCGGUGUCCGGCUUCGUGUCCCCGCUGGUCACCGAGGCCCUCCGGCAGGCGUACGGCUUCCGGCUCAGCCUGCUCAUCCUGGGCGCCCUGCUGCUCAACAUGCUGCUCGGAUGCGUGUUCGUCAACUGCGUCGACCCCGACUCUGUCGGAGCAUCGUGCACGACGGACCGCACCCGGAGGAGCAGCUUUCACUCAGCAUCGAUGGCCCUGCCUUACUCCAGGAAAGCUUCGCUGGUGGACGGUCAAUCUAUGAGCAUCGGGUUUCAGCAGUCCCGCGAAGGAGAGCCCCUGCUUCGAAAGAACUCCCUGACUACGGUCAAGACCAAGUUGAUGCGCAACCUCGGCUCCCUGGCCAGCGUGGCGUUCGUGCACAUCAGCGUUUCCCGGGCCCUCACCGUCUUCGUACUGGCGUCUCUGCUACUCACGGCGGUGGACUAUGGCAAAGAUGGCGGCCUGUCCGGCUACGACGCCGUGUCCCUCGUGACGGCGCUGGCCCUGGGAGACCUCGUGUCCCGCGUGACCACGGGACUCGUCCUGGAUACUCACGUCGUCAGCCGGGGCACCGCCAUGUUGAUCGGGUUCGCGCUCCAGACCGUGGCCCUCGCCGUGAUGAGCUUCGAGAAGAACUACUGGGUCCUCCUGAUCUGCUGCUUUCUGGCCGGCCUCUCGGGCGGGGGUCGCAUCUUCAUCUGCACCGUCAUGGUGACCGAGGAGUUUGACGAAGCGUCGCUGUCCUUGAACCUGGGCGUCAUGAAUUUUAUCACGGGCGUCUCCUUCUUCGUCCGGCCGCCCGUCAUAGGUUACGUUCGGGACGUGCUGGGGUCGUACGAUCCUCUCUACAUUUUCUUCGCCAUUGCCAACGCCGUGUUUACGCUGACCUGGAGCAUCAGCGUGCUUUGGGACAAGUACAAAAAGGCACGCCUCUGGAAGAGAGUACAGAGCCUACAAGAUGACGGCGCAAGUAGUUGAAGCCUCUCGCCGUGCUGA